AUGGACGUGGACGUGGACGUGGACGUGGUCAUGGACGUGGACGUGGACGUGGACGUGGACAUGGACGUGGACGUGGUCGUGGACGUGGAUGUGGACGUGGACGUGGACGUGGAGGACAUGGACGUGGUCGUGGACGUGGACGUGGACGUGGACGUGGAUGUGGACGUGGACUUGGACGUGGACGUGGACGUGGACGUGGACGUGGUCGUGGACGUGGACGUGGACGUGGACGUGGACGUCGACGUGGACGUGGACGUGGACGUGGACGUGGACGUGGAGGACGUGGACGUGGACGUAGACGUGGUCGUGGACGUGGACGUGGACGUGGACGUGGAGGACGUGGACGUGGUCGUGGACGACGUGGACAAGGACGUGGACUUGGACGUGGACGUGGACGUUGAGGACGUGGACGUGGACGUGGACGUGGACCUGGACCUGGACGUGGUUGUGGACGUGGACGUGGACGUGGACGUGGACCUGGACGUGGACCUGGACGUGGACGUGGACCUGGACGUGGACGUGGACGUGGACCUGGACGUGGACGUGGACGUGGAGGUGGACGUGGACGUGGAGGACGUGGACUUGGACGUGGAGGACGUGGACAUGGACGUGGACGUGGACCUGGGCGUGGACGUGGACGUGGACGUGGUCGUGGACGUGGACGUGGACGUGGACGUGGACCUGGACGUGGACGUGGACGUGGAGAGUGGACGCGGACCUGGCGCGGAGGGCGGAAACCACCGCGGCGGAAGGGUGUUCCGCUCCACAAAGGAGCACGGACGAUGUCGCGACGAGAGAGGGCGGUGGUUGGCGUUCGGCGAGCAGUCUCGCGGACAAGGAGGGAGCGUCGGCAGCGUCGCUCGCGGAGAGAACUCGCCGCACAAUGCGGUUCGAGAAGAGACGCCGGAGCAGGGCGUGGAGGACAAGGAAGAAGGAUCGGAACGGUCAGACGAGGAGGCAGGGAUAGAAGGGGCGAAUGAGGCGCGAACAGGAGGAACGGGCGAUGCGGAAACCGAGCUGGCGGAGGCGCAAGCGGAGACGAGCCCGGUGGCGGUCGCGGAAUUAGAGGCUCCGCCACCGGGAUCGCGCGGUCGAGACGAUCCCUACGAGGAAGGGCGGCGCACGGAGAGCUCCGGACGGCAGGAGCUGGGCGGGCCAGAGAUGAGCCAUCGAGCGUGGCAGGCGCCAAAUUCACGCGGCAAGGGAAAGGAGGAGCGGUCCCGCUCGGCGGAGAGGGAGCGGCGCCUCGGGGGAGGGCGCGUGGGCGAGUUCCGCAUUCGGCAGGACGGCAGCAGCCGCGCGGGGAGAGGGGGCGAGAGACGGAAACAGCGCCGCCGAAGUGGCACGGUCAGCAGCAAGGGGGACGCAGCAGCACCAUACGCUCGCCAGGCCGGACUAGGCAGAGGGAGCGGAGAGACAGCAGCUGGUCCCGCUCGCCGGACGGACAACACACGCGCAGGGAGAAGUACGCGGGGGAGCGGUCACCGUGGCGUCAGCCGCGCACUUGGAGUGAGCACCUGGACGCCUGGUCACCAUCGCCAGAGAGGCGGCCGCGGCGUGAGAUGA